AUGUUGUUUUACUCAUCCUACAUGCUCACAGCACUAGCUGCUUUGCUAGUGACUUGCCAUGCACUGCAGAAACUUCCAGGAACUCCCAGGCUACCUAGUGUCCCUGGACUGCCUGGAAGAGAUGGUCUGAAAGGGCAGUCACGUCUACCAGGUCUACUUGAGUCUCUGGACGCUCAACUUGUUUUAUUGAAUUUGAAACACCGACUUUCCCGACUUGAAGGAGUACUUGCUUUGAAUGGGAAAAUAAAAGAAGUAGGAGAGAAAAUAUUUGCCAGCAAUGGGAAGGAAGUUGAUUUUGCAUCUGCACUGGAAUCCUGUGAAGAGGCCGGAGGGACUCUUGCAGCUCCCACAAACGAGGAGGAGAAUAAAGCUAUUUUGAGUAUUGUGAAACAGUAUAACCGAUACGCUUAUUUGGGCAUUAAAGAGGGUGAGACUUCAGAUCGGUUUGAGUAUAUAAAUGGCAAACCUCUGAAUUAUACUAACUGGCACCAAUACGAGCCUAAUGGCAAAGGAACAGAAAAAUGUGUAGAAAUAUACACUGAUGGAAGAUGGAAUGACAAAAAAUGCAAUCAGUAUCGCCUCACGAUCUGUGAAUUUUAA